UUCACCCAGGAUUCUCAAUUGUACACAGCCAUCUUGGAUCUAAGAGGAGAAGGGAAGUUAAUGCGGUGACAAACGGCAUGUACGGUGGUACGUUAAAGAAGUUUGUAGAGAUUGUAGAGGUGGUGGACACUGACUUUCCAGAUGAGAGUAUGUACUACAGCCAACCGUCGAUGUUCCCACAUCGGUCGGACAAAGAUAUGUUGUCGUCGCCUUCGUCUUCGUCGUCGGGACAGCUGUCCCACCUGGGUGCCAGUCUGUACGGUCCACAGAGUGCACUGGGCUUCUCCAUAAGAGGCCUGGGAAACAACACGCCCCAGCUACCCCGCAGCCUCACACAGAGCACCCAGCUACAGAGCCACAUCCCCCCCACCACAGGGGGCCCCACCAUGUCCCUUCACACCCCUCCAUCGCCAAGCAGGGGCUCCUUGCCGAUGAACACGAGGAACAUGCUGAACCACGGCCAGGUGGGCCAGAGCAUCGCCCUGAGCGGUCAGGUGGGCCAGAGCAUCUCCCUGAGCAGCCAGGUGGGCCAGAACAUCUCCCUGAGCGGCCAGGUGGGCCAGAGCAUCGCCCUGACUGGCAGAAGCAGCAGCAUGGGGAGUUCCGGCCUGGGCAGCCCCAGUCGCUGCUCGCCCAGCAUCAUCUGCAUGCCCAAGCAGCAGCCGGCACGCCAGCCCUUCACCAUCAACAGCAUGUCGGGGUUUGGAAUGAACCGGAACCAGGCGUUUGGGAUGAACAACAUCUUCAACGGCACAGACGGCAGCGAGAAUGUGACGGGGCUGGACCUGUCCGACUUCCCAGCGCUGGCAGACAGGAGUCGAAGGGAGGGUGGAGGAAACCCCACGCCGCUGCUCAACCCCCUGGCUGGGAGGGCUCCCUACGUCGGCAUGGUGACAAAGCCGUCGAACGACCAGAAUCAGGACUUCUCCAUCCACAACGAGGACUUCCCCGCGCUGCCGGGAGCCAACCACAAGGACCCGGCGCUGGGGGGAGAAGAGGGCAAAGCCAACCUGAAUUCAACAGGUAAGAACUCGUCCAGCAGCGACGGACCCAAGUUCCCCGGAGACAAGACAAGUUUGGGCCAGAACAACCAGAGGAAAGGCAUCCAGGUGCUGCCGGACGGGCGAGUGACCAACAUCCCCUCGGGGAUGGUGACGGACCAGUUUGGGAUGAUCGGUCUGCUGACGUUCAUCCGAGCGGCGGAGACGGACCCUGGCAUGGUGCACCUGGCCCUGGGCAGCGACCUUACCACCCUGGGGCUCAACCUCAACUCACCUGAAAACCUCUACCCCAAGUUUGCUUCCCCGUGGGCAUCAGCUCCAUGUCGACCACAAGACAUCGAUUUUCAUGUUCCCUCGGAGUAUCUCACCAACAUCCACAUCAGGGACAAGCUGGCAGCCAUCAAGCUGGCUCGGUACGGAGAGGACCUGCUGUUCUACCUCUACUACAUGAACGGAGGAGAUCUGUUGCAACUGCUGGCGGCCGUGGAGCUCUUCAACCGGGACUGGCGCUACCACAAGGAGGAGCGGGUAUGGAUCACGCGGGCCCCGGGCAUGGAGCCCUCUCUGAAGACCAACGCCUACGAGAGGGGAACAUAUUACUUCUUCGACUGUCUGAACUGGAGGAAGGUAGCCAAGGUAAAGGAGUUCCACCUGGAGUACGAUAAGCUGGAGGAGAGGCCUCACGUGCCCUCCACCUUCAACUACAACCCAGCCCAGCAGGCUUUCUGAGUACCCCCCCCCCCCCCCAAGGGCCCCCCCCCACCUCCCUCCCAGCCUGGAGGUGGGGGGGGGCUGGGACCCAGACGGCUCGUUUUUAUUCCUUGAGGAUCUUGGCUCAUUGACUGCAGAGGAGGUCCCACUGGAACAGAGCCUUUCCUAUCCAAAUUAUGUGCUGCCCAAAUACCCACUUGGUUCCUUUUUAUUCUUCGUUUUCAUUUUCCUCGUCUAGUUUGGAGGAUCUGUGGUAAGUUUACAUCUCAGUACCUAGUGGUGCCGACCCACAAUCCACAAACGACACUUGCAGUGACAGGACAAGGGGUAUGCCUCAAUUUUUUUCCUCCCUCAAAAAGUGUUACACAAAGGACUACCAACCGUUCAUGAGAGCGUCAAGGCCGAAGAAACGCAAUGUUCAUUGUUGCACUAUAUUUAGUAAUAAAAGAACACAAAAUAGUUUGUGCUUUUUAUGUGAAAACACUCCCCCCGUUUUGUUCUUAGAAAGACGACCAACCUAGUUCACACGUCUCCUCCUCCUCCUGUACAUUCCCUCUCUGGUGAAACAGCCACUCAGCCCCCUCCUCUCUUUUCGUGGAUGUUUCCUGUCUUCAGUGGACCCAGACUAGAGACUGUUGUGAAUGUUCUGUCAGCAGACGGGCAGACUGUGCUGGGCUGAGAGGACCAAGCUUCGUUGUUUAAACACUUUCCACUCUUUGUUACUAUUUUGUAAUAAAUGUGUACAUUUUUGUUUUUAAAUUUUUUGGACAUCACAUAAAUAAAGAUGUAUGUAGGAAUGUGUGUAUAUAUGAUAUAUAUAUAUAUGUCUGUAUAUAUAUAUAUAUGUAUAUUACAUCUAUUUUGGAAAAAGUGCUGCCCAUUCUUGCACCUCGUUUUCAGGAGGUGAGUGGGGAAGCAGUGUGGAUUAAACACAACAUUUCUGGAUCUGCUGGACCAGAUUUAGCGUUUGGCCAAAUACCACCAGAGAAAUACAAAGGACAAAACAAGGAGGCCUGACUCCAUCCAAGGACAUCCACCCUUCAAACAGCUGUCAGACCGCGAGCACGGAGGAAGAGGCUCUCAAGCUGUUUAAACGGCAGCAUUUCAUAGGAAAAGGAAAAACACAAUUUGAUGACAAAAAAAGAAAUUAUGAUUGACCAAUCUUGUAUUUUCAGAGGUUCAAAGCUUCUUUGUAAUAAAGCAGUCUAGUCUUUCCUG